CUGCUGCAGUCACACACACACACGCGCUUGGCGGGAGUCACUGAAGUCCACAAACUCAUCCUUCUUUCACUUUCAGCUGAUAUUUUAUGAACAUUGUUUUUCGGCCUGAGGUGGUUGGUGUGGUGUGCAGUGAUCAUGCCGUCCAGUCUGGGCUCCAGCAGUCCAGCAGCAGUUCUUCAAGAGGCUCUGGAAAACUCCAGUCGCUUGAUCGACCGUCAUCUACAGGAGGAUCGCUGUUUCCCAGACCUGUCUGAGCUCCUCAAUGUCCCGUCACACAACAUGCCUUCACUGUCUGGCGUGUCCGACAUGGAUUAUCCCCUGCAGGGUCCGGCUCUGAUCAACGUGCCGAGUCUCCCGGAACUCAGCUCCAUCCGCAGGGUUCCUCUGCCCCCAGAGCUCGUGGAGCAGUUCGGUCAUAUGCAGUGCAAUUGCAUGAUGGGAGUUUUCCCUGAGAUCUCCAGAGCCUGGCUCACCAUUGAUAAUGAUAUCUUCAUGUGGAAUUAUGAGGAUGGGAGUGAUGUGGCGUAUUUUGACGGACUCAGUGAAACUAUACUGUCAGUUGGACUAGUCAAACCAAAGCCAGGUAUUUUUCAGCCACACAUCCACUUUCUGCUAGUGUUGGCCACGCCGGUGGAUGUGGUGAUCCUGGGUUUGAGCUUCCCUAAAGCACAAACAGGUCUGAAUGACAGUACCUGUGGAGCGAUGCAGCUGCUGCCGGACCCACUGUACACCAUCCCCACAGAUAACACAUACCUGCUGGCCAUCACCUCCACUGACACGGGCCGCAUCUUCAUGGCCGGUAAAGAUGGCUGUCUGUAUGAGGUGGCGUAUCAGGCUGAGGCCGGCUGGUUUAGUCAGCGAUGCCGGAAGAUCAACCAUUCUAAGAGCAGCCUGUCCUUCCUCAUCCCGUCAUUGCUGCAGUUCUCCUUCUCUGAGGACGAUCCUGUCGUCCAAAUUGCUAUUGACAAUUCACGCAACAUUUUAUACACACGCUCAGAGAAAGGAGUCCUGCAGGUGUAUGAUCUGGGUGCUGAUGGGCAGGGAAUGAGUCGAGUGGCUGCCAUUUCUCAGAGCUCCAUCGUCUCUGCCGCAGGAAACAUCGCCAGGACGAUUGAUCGCUCCGUGUUCAAGCCUAUUGUUCAGAUCGCAGUGAUCGACCGCUCUGAGUCUUCAGACUGUCAGCUGCUGGCCGUCACUCAUGCAGGUGUGCGUCUUUACUUCAGCACCAUACCUUUUGCUCCGCCCAACGCUAAGCAUGUGUCGGCUCGACCCAGCAUCCUGGCGCUGGUGCAUGUGCGUCUGCCACCCGGCUUCUCUGCGUCCUCCACCCUCCAGAAACCAGCCAAAGUACACAAGGCUCUGUACAGCAGAGGAGUCUUGCUGAUGGCCGUGUCCCAAACUGAGGACAGCGACCUGCUGUGGUGCAUCAACCAUGACUCUUUCCCCUUCAAAAAACCUCUCAUGGAGGCUCAGAUGACGGUGAAUGUGGACGGCCACUCGUGGGCUCUGUGUUCAAUUGAGGACAAAAAAUCCCCCAGAAUCCUCACUCCUCUGAAUAAAGAUCUCAUUCCAGUCACCGAUUCUCCUUUAGUCGUUCAGCAGCACAACGUCCCACCACAGAAGUUUGUCCUCUUGUCUGCUCAGGGGAGCCACAUCUUCCACAAGCUGCGUCCGGUGGAUCAGUUGCGCCACCUGCUGGUGAGCAGCGCUGGAGGCGAGAGCGAGGAGAUCGAGAGGUUCUUCAAGCUGCACAGGGAAGAACAGGCGUGUGCCACGGCACUCAUCCUGGCCUGCUCCAACGCCGCCUGCGACCGAGAGGUGUCUGUGUGGGCAACGAGAGCCUUCUUCAGGUAUGGUGGAGAGGCUCAGAUGCGUUUUCCAUCCGCCUUGUCGGCCCCCAGUAAUGUCGGGCCCCUUUUCAGCUCACCUGUGCCAGGAUCCCCCAUGCCCAUCGGCAGCCCAUUACCAAACCCCAGUUUUCUUGCCACUCCUGCCCCAGGCAUGUUUCCUCCAAAUGUGUCGACCCCAUAUGUUCCUGCAACUCCCAUGAGUCCCGGCGGUGCCCCCAUCACUGCUGUGUCCUCCGGGCCUGAAGUGGUCUUUUCUGGAAAACACAACGGCAUCAGUAUUUACUUCACUCGUAUACUCGGGAACAUCUGGGACGGCAGCCUCGCCAUGGAGACCCCCAUAAACAAGGGCACACAGACUGUAAUGAUUUUGGAGAGCACAGCCAGUUCCUCUGAUCUGGAGCUCGUCCUGAUGGAGCUUCAGGACUUGAAAGAGUUCCUGGACAAAAACUCACAGUUCAGUCCAACUUCACUCGGUGUGGCAAAUUUCAGCUCACCAGCAAACCUGCAGCAAAGACUACUGGGAUUCAGGCGUCCUGAUGGUUCCAGCUCUCAGCAAAUGCAGCAGGAGCUUCAGAGGAAGUACCACACGGAGGCUCAGGCGUAUGAGAAAGCGUCUCUCCAGGCGAUGCAGCAGUUGAUUCAUCGCUCCUGUCAGACUCUGGCGCUCUGGAAACUUCUGUGUGAUCAUCAGUUCAGCCUCAUCCUCUCCGAGAUGCCCAAGGAGUUCCAGGAUCAGAUGAAGGCUGUGAGCUUUAAGGAUGUGGUGGUGUGCGGUCGAGAGCUGAGCGGUGCUUUAAUCACGGCCCUCAUUAACGUCUACAUUAAAGACAGCGCGUCUGUGGACACACUCAGUGCUCAUCUGAGGGACAUCUGCCCUCUGCUCUACAGCAGCGACGACAGCAUCUGCUCUAAGGCCAAUGAGCUGCUGCAGAGCUCCAGACAGAUCCAGAACAAGCUGGAGAAGGAGCGAACGCUGAAGGAGUCUCUGCGCCUCUACCAGCAGAUCAGCCACAACACAGACUUGCCGCUCGUCUGCUCGCAAUACAGACAAGUGCGCUUCUAUGAGGGAGUGAUGGAGCUGUGUCUCACCGCUGCGGAUAAGAAAGACCAUCAGAGACUCGGCCUGCACUUCUACAGGAACGGAGAGCCAGAGGAGGAUGCCAGUGGUCAGCAGGCCUUUCAGGAGAGACUCUUGUGUUAUAAAUGCAUCACGGACACCAUGCAGGAGUUGGUGAACCAGAGUAAAGCGGCCCCUCAGUCUCCCAGUGUCCCCAAACAACCCGGACCGCCUGUUAUGACCUCUGACCCUAACAUGCUGAGCAAUGAAGACGCCGCUGCUCAUUUUGAGCAGAUGCUGGGUCUGGCUCAGAGGUCCCAGGACGAGCUCUUCCACAUCGCUCUCUAUAACUGGCUCAUUCAGGCCGAUCUGACAGACAAACUGCUGGAGGUGAACUCUCCAUACCUGGAGGAUCAUUUGAUGCACAUGAUCAAGCAGGACCAGAGUAAAGUGCGAAACAUGGACCUCCUGUGGCGAUACUACGAGAAGAACCGCAGCUUUGGCAAAGCAGCUCACGUUCUGGCGAGACUCGCAGACAUGCACAGUACAGAGGUCUCCCUGAAGCAGAGGCUGGAGUAUAUCUCCAGAGCCAUCCUCUCCGCCAAGAGCUCUUCCUCUGUGUCUUCACUGGGAGCCGACGGAGAGUUUCUGCAUGAGCUGGAGGAGAAGAUGGAGGUGGUGCGCAUUCAGGUGCAGAUCCAGGAGACUCUGCGCAGACAGUUUUCCCAGCAUCCCUCAGUGCAGAGCGCCAUCACACAGCUAGACUCUGAGCUGAUGGACAUCACUAAGCUCUAUGGAGAAUUUGCUGAUCAUUUCCGGCUGUCUGAGUGUAAACUGGCUAUAAUUCACUGUGCAGGACAUUCAGACCCCAUUCUGGUGCACUCGCUGUGGCAGGAGAUCAUCGAGAAGGAGCUGAAUGACAGUGUGGUGAUGAGUCCAUCAGACCGGAUGCGAGCUGUCAGUCUGAAGCUGGUGUCUCUGGGGAAACUGUACGCUGGAACGCCUCGAUACUUCCCGUUAGACUUCCUGGUGAAGUUUCUGGAACAGGAAGUGUGCCGGCUGAACUGGGACGUGGGUUUUGUGACCUUCACCAUGCAGGAGAUUGGAGUUCAGCUGCCGCGACUGCUGGAGGUUUAUGACCAGCUCUUCAAGACACGGGACCCAUGUUGGCAGCGUCUAAAGAAGCCUCUUCAUCUGGUGGAGUGUAUUCAUGUGCUGCUCUCCGGAUACGUGGACGACCCCAGCCGUGUGCCCACCUACGACAGACGCAGGUUCACCAACGCGUGUCUGGACAACAUCUGUGGUUAUCUGGUGGAGCUGCAGUCCUUGAGUCCCAACGCCGCGCUGCAGGACAUCAUCCGAAACUUCAAAUCCCUGCAGGCCAAGCUGGAGAAGCUGCACUGAAGACCACCAGACUUUAUAAAGUAAUCACACUCAACCCCAUACACUCAUACAGUCCUGGAAAACACACACACACACUGCCAAAAUAAACUCCUCACACAUCCAUUCUGUGCUUUGCAGAGGUUUUUAUGCCAGAAAUCAGGUUUUAAUGUCUUGCACUGUACACAAUAUCUGUGUAUUUAUAAGAGUCUCUGUGUUUAGGGAUGUCUUCGGGGUAUUUAUGGUUACGAAUCGCACAUUAUGGGAUGUUGAUCUCUGCUGUGUUCAUUUUUGAUGUUGAAAAUUUGACUUCUCAGCAGUUUAAGAGUGUUUUAUUGACAUUUUAGUCAUCUGUUGAUCAAUAUAUUGUACAUUAUAGGAAAUUACGUCUGUAAAAUAACAGUAGUAGUACUGGCAGGUUGUUAGCAGAUUUUUGUAAUGUCAUUUUCAACACCAAUCCAGACAAUAAAAUCACUACAUAAUAUUACAAAUGUUAAUAAAAGUCACUUUGGGGUUUUUUUUUUCAACAUCAAAAGUUGUCGGAGAAAAUAUAUGAAGAGUUUAGAUGCAAAAACCUCUAAGUCGUCUGAAAUUUUCCUCUAAAAUGAGCGUUUUAUCAGACUCCUGUGUGUAUGUUCAGUAAUUUCACUUUUAUGGCAAAGAAUAAGUCCAUUUCCUGGUCUUUAAAGUGAAAUAUCUCAACAUAAACAAAGGAGGCUGAAAAAAAAAUAGAUUUUUGAUGGAAAUUUCAGACGGCGCUUAGAGGUUUUUGCAUCUGAACCCUUCAUAAAGUCAUAUCCCAUAAUGCAAUUCCAAAGCAUAAAUAACUAAUAAAAACAUUCAUUAAAAUAAUGCAGAGAGCUGUUAUUGUACAGAUAUUUUGUUAGUGUUUGCUGAGGUCUGUCUGAUCUUGCUGGUGUGUGUUCAUAAAUUUAUUCUGGAGAUUUUCUACUGCGCAGACACUUGACUCUUCAGUAACGUGUUUGUUUUGUCUUUUUUUUUUUGUACAAACUUGACAUAUUCUGAAUUAUUAAGCAGUGUGCGAUGGCUGUGUAUGAAUGGGAUGACGGAAAACUCGUCUGCUCUUUUUAUCAGGACCACACAUUUUUAUCGAAGUUAUCGAAGAAGCUCCCUUUAGUUUUGUGUAAUGUGUUUUGCGAAUGAUUUGAAAAGAAUAAAAGUUUGGUUUUAAUUUACAA